CUCCUCCUCGCCUUCACCUUGCUACGCGCAGGCGCAGCGCCUUCGCACAUGCGCUGUUGGGUCGGCGACGUGCGGGCGAGGGUCUGCAUCCGGGUCGCCGCCGUGCCGCCGCCGUGCCCAUUGUCUGGGGAGGGGGUCCGAGGCUCAGCGGUCCGCGCCCGAGGGGCUGAGGCGGCGCUGCGCUGCCGCCGCCUGGACACGUUCCCAGUCGCCGCCGCUCACCUGCGUAGCCUUUAUGGACCGCAGCUCGAAGAGGAGACAAGUGAAGCCUCUGGCGGCUUCCCUGCUGGAAGCUUUAGAUUAUGAUAGCUCUGAUGACAGUGAUUUUAAAGUUGGAGAUGCUUCAGAUUCUGAAGGAAGUGGUCAUGGAAGUGAAGAUGCAUCAAAGGACAGUGGAGAAGGUUCCUGUACUGAAUCAGAAGAAAAUAUCUUGGAGGAGGAACCAGCAGAAGAGAAAGUAGAAGAGCAACAGCCAAAGAGCUCUGCUGAAGAAGUGCCAACAGCAGACAAAGAGAUAAUUAAAACUGAAAGGAAAGAGCAAGAAGAUGAAGAAGAGAAGCCAAAAAAGAAGAAAGAAAAAGAGAAAGCAGCUGAAACUGAUCCUGUGGCUGAUGAACAAGCAAGUGAACCAAAAAAAUGGAAUUUGCGCAGGAACCGACCAUUACUGGAUUUUGUGUCAAUGGAAGAACUAAAUGAUAUGGAUGAUUAUGAUAGUGAAGAUGACAACGACUGGCGGCCUACUCCUGAGAAAAAAAAAGGGAAAAAUGCACUGCGAAAAGAAGGGAGUGAUGGAGAUAAUGAGGAUGAUGAAGAUGAUGGGAGUGGAAGUGAUGAGGAUGACAAUGAUGAGGAAGGUAACGAAGAAGAUAAUAGCAGCACAGCUAGUGAUGGAGGAUCCAAGAAGAAGAAGAGUAAAGUUCUUAACAGAAAUAAUGCAGAUGAUGAGGAACUGACAAAUGAUAGCCUGGCUCUUUCACAAAGCAAGAGUAAUGAGGACUCCUUGAUCCUUGAGAAGUCCCAAAAUUGGAGUUCCCAGAAAAUGGACCAUAUUUUGAUUUGUUGCGUUUGUCUUGGAGAUAACAGUGAAGAUGCUGAUGAAAUAAUCCAAUGUGACAACUGUGGAAUAACAGUGCAUGAAGGUUGCUAUGGUGUUGAUGGAGAGAGUGAUUCUAUCAUGAGCUCAGCUUCAGAAAAUUCCACUGAACCCUGGUUUUGUGAUGCAUGCAAAUGUGGUGUCACACCUAGUUGUGAACUAUGUCCUAACCAAGAUGGGAUCUUCAAGGAGACAGAUGCAGGCAGGUGGGUCCAUAUUGUUUGUGCCCUCUACGUUCCAGGAGUGGCAUUUGGAGAUAUUGACAAAUUGCGGCCAGUAACGCUUACAGAAAUGAAUUAUUCAAAGUAUGGUGCCAAGGAAUGCAGUUUUUGUGAAGAUCCCCGUUUUGCCAGAACUGGAGUAUGCAUCAGUUGUGAUGCUGGGAUGUGCAGAGCUUAUUUCCAUGUGACCUGUGCUCAGAAGGAAGGCCUGCUCUCAGAAGCAGCGGCAGAAGAGGAUAUAGCUGAUCCUUUUUUUGCUUAUUGUAAACAGCAUGCGGACAGGUUAGACAGAAAAUGGAAACGGAAAAACUACUUGGCAUUACAGUCUUACUGUAAAAUGUCCUUGCAAGAAAGAGAAAAGCAGCUCUCGCCAGAAGCUCAGGCUCGAAUCAAUGCCAGACUACAGCAGUAUCGUGCCAAGGCAGAGCUGGCUCGUACCACCAGGCCACAGGCCUGGGUUCCCAGGGAGAAGCUACCACGACCACUCACUAGCAGUGCUUCAGCCAUUCGCAAGCUUAUGCGCAAAGCUGAAUUAAUGGGAAUUAGUACAGACAUUUUUCCAGUUGAUACUUCAGAUACUAGUUCCAGUGUUGAUGGAAGAAGAAAACAUAAACAACCAGCCCUCACUGCUGAUUUUGUCAAUUACUAUCUUGAGAGAAAUAUGCGCAUGAUUCAAAUCCAGGAGAAUAUGGCUGAGCAGAGGAAUAUCAAGGACAAAUUAGAAAAUGAGCAAGAAAAGCUUCAUGUGGAGUAUAAUAAGCUUUGUGAAUCUUUGGAAGAGCUACAAAAUAUGAAUGGAAAACUACGGAAUGAAGGGCAAGGCAUUUGGGCUCUGCUGGGUAGAAUCAUUGGACAGAAAUUGAACAUACCUGCAAUUUUACGUGCUCCUAAGGAAAGAAAACCAAGUAAAAAGGAAGGGGGAACACAAAAGACAUCUACGCUCCCAGCUGUACUUUAUAGUUGUGGAAUUUGCAAGAAGAAUCAUGAUCAGCACCUCCUAUUACUGUGUGACACUUGUAAACUCCAUUAUCACCUUGGUUGUCUGGAUCCACCUCUUACAAGGAUGCCCAGGAAGACCAAGAACAGUUACUGGCAGUGCUCAGAGUGUGACCAGGCAGGUAGCAGUGACAUGGAAGCUGAUAUUGCCAUGGAAACCUUACCAGAUGGGACCAAAAGAUCACGGAGGCAGAUUAAGGAACCAGUGAAAUUUGUUCCUCAGGAUGUACCACCAGAACCGAAGAAAAUUCCUAUCAGAAAUACGAGAACUAGAGGACGAAAACGAAGCUUUGUGCCAGAUGAAGAAAAACCUGAGGAACGGAUUCCCAGAGAAAGAAGACAGCGGCAGUCUGUUCUGCAAAAGAAGCCCAAAUCAGAGGACUUAAGAACUGAAUGUGCUACGUGCAAAGGGACUGGAGACAAUGAAAAUCUAGUCAGGAAGUAUAUUUUAAGUUGUUCUGAGUCCUUGAAGAUUUUUACUCUGAAACUGUUGCUCACCACAUUUCCUUAAUUGCAUUUGUCUUGCAUAAGAAGAUCUUGACAUCAUUUGUGUCUCUUCUUUCCAUGUGUGGUGCCUAUCAGCCUUCAAGUCAAAGAUUUGUUCCUUAGCUGUUAGCUGCAAGUUUUGAAGCUGUGGAUGAGAUGAGGUUUUUCAGAACAAGCACAUUAAUAAUGAAUUGCUUUAUAUGCACUGCAACAAAAUUAUCUAUCACAAUAAUUGAAAUGGUAUGAUUUACAGUAGUUUAAGGCUGUUAAUGUAGAGAUUAAUUAUAAGGAAAAUAUUAGUUAAUUUAUCCACAAUUUGCAACAGUCUUAGAUUUUACAAAGGAUUAUAAAUGCAUUAUCUUACUGGAAUGAAAUACUUCAAUGAAGGGAAGCUUCAUGUUUAGUUAGCAUAGUUUAUUUCUGCUACACAACUUAUGGGGAUUGCAUGUUAACGGCAUGUUGACUUUUCUAAUUGCGUAAGAUACCCGCCAUAUCAUAUUUUUUUUCCUCUCUCAUUCAUUUUACUGCCUUCUCAAAGAUAUUUCUUUUGAUGCUAGAUAGCAAGUGAACACAUAUGUAUACAUUUGUAUUUCAGUCACUCAGUCCUCUAAAGCUGCAUAUGCCUGGAACAUUUGAAGUUUUAUUGCAAGAAAUCCAUAGCAGAUUCUUGAAUGUUGAAUUAAUUAGAAACUAGUCUGUUUAACUGUAGUAACUAAGUGGUUUCUUUAAUAUGCAUGUCUGUUGUUUUAUGAAAAUGAGAAAGCAAAACCUGGACUGAAGCCUGGAUUAUUUCUUUACCCUGACACUGUCUAACCAGUUAGGUCUUGGGGAAAUUCAACCCAUUUAAAAAUCUAAACUCAGAUGUUCAGGUAACUAAUUUCAUUUUUCAGCUGUUUAAUUCUUGACACCAUAUGAUCUUGAUCUUAAAGAAAACCUGCCCAGAAAGGACCUGAAACAGAAACUUUAGAGAUACUGUCUAGAUUAAGUGAUUUGUUUCCAUUCAAUUCUUUGUUUUCAGAAACAGGAAAGCCAGGUUAGGCAGUAUGUACAAAGAUAAUCUAAUGCUGUUUUUUUCUAAAUCAUGCUAUUAAAUCACGCUUUUGCAAGAUAGUACAAAAUUUAAUAGAAGAUUAUUCUACUUACCUGUGAUCGAGUGCAGAUACAGAAAAGAAUGAUCUUUGUACUUUUCAGGAAAAGAUGAUUUCUGUGAAUUUCUUUUUUAAGUAGUAUUUACAUUUUUAUUAUAUUUCCUGUUAAAAUACUGUGAAGAAAUUAAGUUUUUUUUAAAAUAUGUAGAGUAGAAGAAGAAUGUAUGGUUAUGAAUCUCACUGUUGCAAAAGUAUUAUUGUAAUGGAGUAUUAUUGUAAUGUUUCACAAGAUUUUUUCAGUGUUCCCAUUAUCAAGGGAUUUUUUAUUUUUUAUUUUAUUUUAUUUUUUAUUUCCCAAGGUUAUUUCUUUGUUUUACUUUUCUCUCCGGAAAUCAAUCAAGGAUUAAUUUUUCCAUGGCUACUUGUUUUUCUUCCAGUUAUUUCACAGUCUGUUUAGUCAUCAGUCCCCCUUGAUGUUUAGUGCAAGAUUUAUCUAUCUCUUUAUGUCUGUCUGUCUACCUAUCUAUUGUUAUAUAAUAAGUUCUUGGCCAGUGACUCUCAAUUACUUGUAUAUGGGCCUUAAUCUCUUUAUUGGGCUUUAAACUUCCACUGUAUAGUGGAAGUUUCUGCACUCUUCAGAGGCAAAUUUGAUUCAGUUGUUUAAUUAUCAGAAGAUCUUGAUAUUGGUGUUUAGUCUCUUGAUCUUAACUGUUUGUGGGCUUUUAUCAUGAGCUUUCGAAGUAGUACAUUUUUUCAAGUAACUGCUUGUAAAUAGAAAUUCAGGCAGAUCUUUCUGCAGAAUUACUUUCUGUUCGACUAAUAAUAUUUUACUUGAUGAGUGAAUUUUCAGAAGUAGUUAUUCUUUUCUCUGGCUGCAGCUGCUUGAUUAAGUCUGUGCUGCAGUCAUGGAUUUGUACAUUAGAGCUUUAUACUGUAUUUGGCAGUUGUCACCUGAUCCCAAAACUGCUCGAUAUUUCAGGAUUUAUAUCUUAUUUUCCUGGUUGCCUUAAGAAAUACAUGUAUCAGAGCUUCCAUACCUUUUUCUUGCUCCCGAGUUCCGAAAUAAUUAAAAAGCAAAAUACUCAGGUUCUAUUGACUAUCUUUGCUCUAAGUAGUGAGUUCUUUAGAGGAAAAAAAAAUGCCCAUGUGUGAGGCGCCUCUGCAGAUGAUUAAAAUUACUUUAACAAAACAAUAUGCAGAGAAUGUGGAAUUACAUUAUCUGCAACAGCAGAGGCUGAUGACCUAGCGAAAUAUUUCCCAACCUGGUUCCUAGUAAUACAUUAUAGUUGCAAAAGAUUUAAAUGCUCAUCUUGAUAGGGUCAGAAGCAUUUAUUUUUGUGGGUAUUAAGAUUUUUUUCUUUAAUCGUCAGAUGUAUCAAAUAAUCCAGUUCAGUUGGCAUUUGUAUGUGUCAGAUAUUCCAUCGUUCUGCCCAAACAGCUUCAGUAAUCUUCAGUGCAGCAAGGUUAUCACAUCAGAGCAUUUCACAGAACAGUGUUCAAAAAACAAAUGUCAAAUUCUUUAUCAGUUCACUUGUUCUGCAUUGUUAAACUGAGCCAUAGCUACAGAAACCAUGAAACUGAAACACUUAAGAAAUUUUAUAAUCUGAGAAUGUUUGUGUUCAGAUAUUGAAAGAACGCGGUAGAAGACAGUGGCAGGAAGCCACUUUUAAACACUAUAUUGCAGCCUUAAUUUUGGCUUGACACAAUUGAGCAUCUGUAGAGUCAAUCUUCUAAAGUAACUGUCUGUCCACAGAAGAGUAAUGCUAAUUAUGAACUGAGUAUGGUAAAUGAUAAUAAUUCAUCCUAGUAUGCAGUUGAUUCUGUUUCUUACUUGUGCUACUACUGCUCCUCUUUGAUCUGUAGUUUGAUCUGUGUGGGGUUUUAAUAGUAGGAGGCUUGACUUAUUAGUGCAGAAAUCAACUGCAGUAUUCAAAAUUUGAUGUGAAAUCAGAGAGAACAUACGUUUUACAUUACUGAAGAAGUACAUGAAAAGUAGAUAAAAGUACUGGGAGCUUAACUCCUUUGAGUCUUUUUUGUAAGCAUCAACCACAGUUUUUAUUGAUGUGAGUAAAAUGGCAUAUAGUACAAAUUUUCAUUAAUAAAUUAAUGGAGCAAAAGUGUGUGCAAUUUCUUGUUAAUUUGGGACUAAAUUGAAAAUUUUCUAUAUGGUAGGAAAUGAUCUCUGAAUAGCUGUGGAUUAUCUACUUGUAUAUGCAAUAUUAUUCUUUUCUAGCUUAAUAAUUCUGUAAGCUAAGAUAUUUCACAGCUGGGUACUGGAGAAUAUACUUUUAGAACAACAGGCAAGGAGACAAAAAAAAAAACUCCUCUUACAAUGCCUCUUUGGCACCAUGAUGUACUGUGUAAAGAAGGCUGUUUUGCAGAAUAUGUUAGAGGAGAAAUUCAUUUUUUGUAGUAAAACAUAAAUAUAGCUGAAGUGACUUACACAUAAAAUUUUCUAAAUGGAAGUUUGACAAUUUCACAAGUUAAUAUUAAUCUUUUAAUGGAAUAUUUUUUUCUGAAAAAGAAUAUAGUUCUAGGUUUUAGUUGUUGUUCCUAUAUUUUGGAUUCACUAUUGGCCAUAAUUUUGUCUGUUGUGGAUGAUCUUUCUUUGGUUCCCUGUCCUUGCAGCCAUUGAAAUUACCGGCUGGAUAAUCUGGAGUAAUUAUGUAAUUAUGGUUGUUUCCUUUUAUGUGCAUUUUGCAAUUGGAUUUUUUUUUUUUUUUAAAUCACAUAUAUCCAAGACUGGAAUCAGAUUUUGUUUUGCUUUACAAUUAAUAAAACUGACUUCUUCAGAGCAAGUGCGGUUAUUACCAUAACCUAAAUGUGAUGACUUUGCAUUCUCAUAUCAAUAAAAACUAUUAACUUAUAUCUGCCAUUCAAAAAGCCACAGAUCUGGUUCCAUAAUAAGACAAGAAUUCAGUAUCUCUGCAUUUAGCACGUCAUUGCUUUAUAACAAUCUCCUCCUUCUUCUUUUUCUUCUUUUUUUUUCCUAGGCGUUUAUUUUUGAAGUGAUUUUUUUUUUUUUUUUUUUUUUUUUUAGUACUUGAUCUUUGUCAUGAAAUGUCUUUUUUUAUCCUAUUUGAACAAAUGUUUUUUGGAUGCUGUUGUCAUAUGAAGCUCAGAAAAGAAAAACUUCCAAGAACUUUGCCAUGCUAUCUUGAAUAAGAUAGCAGCUUAAUUUUCAAACCUUUCUUUGACUUCAUGUUGAGGAACUCCUGGUAACUCCACUUGGCUUUUAAGAGAAAGACUGUAGAAAGGAAAUGGGGAAAAAAGGGGGAAAAAAAAAAAAGCCUUCGUUCCCUUUUUCCAUAUCAGUUACUGUAAUAAUGUAAAGGUCAAGCACUAAUUAAUUUUCAGUUCUCUGAUUAACUGGGUGAAACUGUCUUUUUCUUCUUUCAUUUUUAUUUUUCUCAUAAUUGUCAAUUAAACUAAGAAUGAUGCUGCUCUUCCAUAUGUAUUUUGCUGUUGAGGAACAUGAACAAUAAAUUUCUGUAAUUCUGA